GGACUUUCUCUCUCUUUGUCUCUCUCUUACGUACUGUGGGUUAUAUACAUAAAAAGCUAGCUUGCAAACCCCCCAACUACUUGCUCCACUCAUUGCCUCACUUUCUCUUAUCAGAAUUCUACUGCUCCAUUAACAACAACAAGAAUAAGUUAUAUAUGGAUGAUAAAGAGACCCCAAAACCACCAAAUUCAAGAUCAUCAUCUGAUACAGAUAUUGGACCAAGCAUGGAUGAAUAUGAUUUGCCUCCUCACCAUUUUCGAUGCCCCAUUUCCAUGGAGCUCAUGACAGACCCGGUCACCAUCUCCACGGGAGUCUCCUACGAGCGCAAGAACAUCGAGAAAUGGUUCUUCACCUACAACAAGAGAACCUGCCCUGCCACCAUGCAACCCAUCUCCGAUUUCAAUUCCCAAAUUACCCCUAACCAUACCCUCAAGAGGCUCAUUCUUUCAUGGCAAAACAAAAACAAAAACAAAAACCACCAAAUCAAUCAUCACCAUCAACCAUCACCAUCAUCCAACAAGCACGAUGAGAUUGUCUCACUCCUCAACACCAUCCAAUCCUCUCCUUUCAAGGUCCCUUCUCUCAAGAAGCUACGUUCCAUCGUCGAGAUCAGCGACGACACCAAAAACGACUUCGUUUCAUGCAGUGGUGUCGAAGUUGUGGUUGGGAUUCUCCAUCAGAUUCUCGUGGUGGACACCAGCUCCGACUUUAUCACCUUCAGAGCCUGCGAAGAGGCUCUAGGAGUUCUUCACCAACUCCCUUUAUCUUCUUCUUCUUCAUCACCACCAUCAUCAUCAUCAUCGUCGUCGUCGUCGUCAUCAUUAUCAUCGCUCUUAUCGAAACCGGAGUCCAUGAGAUGCAUGGCCAUCAUGCUCCAAAGAGCCAGCGCCGACACCAGGCUCUACGCGGUUACUAUUUUGAGAAAGCUGGCCAAGACCGAUUACGAUUGGGGCUUUAUGAUUCAAGGUAAUCAAGGUGUGGGUUUCUUCAAGUCGUUGUUAGAGAUGGUUUCCGAUGAAAUAUCCACCAAAACGAGUUCGUGUGCUUUGGAGGUUCUGAUCGAAAUUCUGUCCAAGUCCAAGAAGAGCAGGCUGAGAGCCAUCGAAGCAGGUGCGGUGUGUGUGCUGGUGGAGGUUUUGCCGGAUUCGAACCGGCCCAGAUGCGAGAGGAUGCUGCAGCUGAUAAAGCUUCUGUGUGAAUGCGCAGAGGGGAGGUUGGGUUUGGUGGAGCAUGGUAUGGGAAUCGCGGCAAUAAGCAAGAAGAUGCUGCAGGUGUCGAAUGUUGCUACCAAGAUAGUGGUGAAGAUAUUGUGGUUAAUUUGUAAUUUCCAUGCAACGGAGAGAGUACUUGAUGAGAUGUUGAUUUGUGGAGCGGUGAAGAAGCUUCUGGCAUUGCUGCAUAUUGAUGGCAGAUCCUCCACUAAGGAUAAGGUCGUCAAGAUCUUCAAGUUGCAUGGCCAUUAUUGGAGUCGAUUUCCAUGUUUCCCUUCUGACUUGAAGGAUUUUUUGGGUUUUGUCAUUUCUACUCCUUCCUAAGUGAUCUGAUUUUUUUUUUUUUUUUUUGAAUUUAUAUACAAGUGAUUGAUAGUAUACAAGUAAUUUUUUUUUUUUUCUUUUUCAAAUGGAAGCAAGUAAUGAAAUAUAAUUGCUGCCAUUUCCUUUUCUAUGCGCGUGGUUGAGGUUUGAAAAUUUUGUUAAAUCAUAUAUCUCUGUAUUUUGUAAUUAAAUUGAAGUGUACUUCUAGAUUGAUUUUUUUUUUUUUUUCUUGGGUGAAAUGUCUACUUCUAGAUUCGAAUUGCAUGUAUAUGUAUAUACACACACAUUUAAUAAUAUUGAACGUGUCCUCUGGCAUAAAUUAUGCAUCA